AUGAUAACUAAUUUCGAUAAACUGUGUGGGGAUCUGGAAAAACAGGAAUUAGAAGCACCAACCGGGAUUGCAUCACCAUCUACAUAUGCUCAAUUAUUAGCCAUAUAUCUGUAUCAAAAUGAUCUUUGUAAUGCAAAAUUUUUAUGGAAAAGAAUUCCCCAAAACAUCACAUCUAGUAAUCCAGAAAUAGGGGCCAUAUGGCUUGUUGGUCAGAAAUUAUGGAAGAAGGACCUUCCUGGAACUUAUCAAGCCUUAGCUGCCUACAACUGGACAGAGCCUAUUGCUAAUAUUAUAAGAGCAUUAGAAGAGAAAAUUAGAGAACGGACACUCAAUUUAAUAGGACGCUCAUACAGCUCCAUAUCCAUAGAUACAAUUGUUUCAAUGACUGGCCUGAGCAAAGAUGCAGUGUUGCAUGUUUGUAGAGAUCGGAAAUGGACUCUCAAUGAAGAUGGUGUUACAGUCACCCCAACACCUCCAACUCAACCUGCGCCUUUGCACACAUCCAGCGAAGAUCAGCUAUUCAAGCUAACUGAAUUUGUUUCUUUCUUAGAAAAUUAA